AUGGGCAUUGUCAACGUCUUUGCCGCCGCCUUGGCGGCUUUACCUCUUGCAAUCGCCACACAGACUUUCCAAAAUGGAGGUACCACAGCCGGAUUCGACUAUGUUCGACAUGAGAACCAAGGCCAAGUGCUACAAGUAGCAGACAUUACAUACAAAGGCAACUCGGCGCUCUUGAUGCAGCAAACAUACACACCGGGCUACACUGGCCGAUACCACUCCGAGGUGGAUCACAACCAAGGCUAUAAACGUGGAGAUGAGCUGUUCUACGGCUUCAUGUUCCGCUUGUCGUCUGCUUGGGAAUUCGAUCAGCAGUCUUACAACAUCGCGCAGUUCAUCGCCGAUCGACUUGGAGCUGGCUGCGACGACGACGACUGGAUGCCUUCCUCACUCAUCUGGCUAGAGGGCAAUCAGCUCAACUCCCGAAUCGUUAGCGGCAAUUAUCGUCAGCCGGACUGCAGCCGUACAUUCACGGGUACUGGAAACAUUGCUACUGUUUCUGCCGGCGCAUGGCACAAAGUUAUUAUCCAAGCCAAGUGGGCGAGCGACAGUUCAGGCUACUAUAAAAUGUGGUUCGAUGGAAACAAAGUCUAUGAGCACUACAAUAUUGCUACAACAACCAACGAUGAUGCCGUAUUUGCAUUCCGCGUGGGUUUGUAUGCUAACGGCUGGCAUGACGAUAAGAAGAUGGUUGGUAACCAGGGAUUCCGUCAAGUAUGGUACGACGAGGUUGCUGUCGGUACUACUUUCGCGGAUGUAGACCCUGAUCAGUACGAGUAA